GACUUGUUCUGCUGACGAGCAGCUUCCGGAAAGGUUUAAACUCCCGUACUUGACGAUGGUAACGGCGAUACGGAAACCGCAACCGCUGCUGGAUUACUACAAUGGGACCAGCACUUCGUUUCCGCCGGCGAACGCGGACGGGCGGAUGAAAAACAUUCCGUAUCUGGUGCCGGUGCAGUACCAAUUUGUCUGCGUGUCGGCGGAGCUACAGGAAAUCACGCUGCCGGUCUUUAUAGGCGAUGAGGAGAAUUAUCCGGAAGAUCCGAAUGCUGAAAACAACUUUGACGUUGUCUACACGGAGAUUCCAAACGUGAAGCUCCUUCCAGUGAACGAGGACCACGAAGCUUCUUUUGGUGGGACGACUAUCAAGAUCCGCAAUGGAUUUGACUGGUUGCGGGCUUUGGAAAUGCAGCACGAAAACAUGUAUUCAUCUACUUCGCCAGAAGCGAAUAGAAACAGGGAUUGUAGUUUUUCCUCGCCUGCCGGGGCUAAGAACAAAGAGGCUAACUGCGUUCUUACGUCAGAGAAGAACCGCCAACAGGCAUACUGCCCCGAUACAGACAAGAUGAACUACAACUACAUGAUCCGGCAAGGAGUGAGGGGAACCUUACCAAGUACGCAGAAUCUCAUUGUGCUGCCUGACAACUGCUACGACGCGAACCUGGUUAGAAUUCGAAAAGAGAAGCGCGACAACGAGGGAAACCUGCAGACCUGGGCCGAGAUGAGCCGGACGGAACUAGUGGAAGACCGGAUCGGAGGCAGCUAUCCGCAGUUCGAGCUGCAAAAGCCGGUGACGUUUCCCUUCUUCCCGUGGUACCGGCCGGACGGCAACUCGAAUUUUGGUAUGAACUUUCCGGAAAAGAUCGCGAAAUCCCAGUGGGCCCGGGUGGAUGAGGGGUACGUGAAGAAGGUGGCAGAACUGAAGGCGAGGAGGGAACAGGAGGCGAAAGACAAGGAAAGGAAAGAAGCGGAGAGUAAAUCGGCGGAGCUGCGGGAAAAGGAGAACGCGGACGAAAACAACAGCGCUAGCUGUGACAAUUCGGAAGUAGAUGUUGAGUCAAGCCAAAGUAGUCCUUGCCCAAGUGACGACGAUAUUGACUUGGAUGCGACCGUAACGCCUGUGCUGGAGGAAGCGAACUUUCCCAGGAUGCAGAAGUACCUCGUUCCUGCCUGGGUGUACUGUGCGGGGGCUUCGUACGGGAAGUCGCACGUCCUCCCGCGCUAUCAAAUGCAAAUAUGUCUGGGUCUGGAAACUUGUGAUGCAAGGAAGGGACUAGUUAGCUCAGUGUAAUGCGCUGCCAGGCAUGACAAGUUUUUUUCAUGGGUCUGAGUUGCGUAUUCCGCAGGAGAAAUUGCGUUUUUGCAUGACAGCGAGGAGGAGCUCUUCGCAGCCACGCAAUACAGAUUUCAGAGUCAUGCCAGUCCAGCAUGAUAAGUCUCGCAAUCUUCCAGACCCAGACAUUUUUACAUUUGAUACGCGCGAGGAGCUGUGCUUACUGCAGCCCGACGUCUGGAUGCUGUACGAGCCAGUUAUUACAAACACUUCGUUGGACGAAAACCAUCAGCAGGAUAUGACAGUGCACAACUCCCCUUCCCCCUCAUUUGUCAUGCAAAUUUAGCAAAUCCAAGCGCUACCGUGUGGUUCUGUUUGCAUGACACAUUCCGGAAGCUGCCCAAACAGUACUAAAUUGCUCGCAUGAAUUUGUCAUGUACAGGCUUCACAUGUGCGGGUGUUUGUAUUGCUGUUCAUGCAACACAAAUAGAGGUUGUGGGGGAGUUGUGCAGUGUCAUACAGGAGGACAUUUUGACCGACUUGCGGCGGAAUUGCCGGGAGAUCGGGCACACCUGUACGUACCUGGAGAUGCAGAAGCAACAUGCGGAGAAGAACCGCUUAAAACUACAGACGUUGCAGACGCGGUUCACCGACGACCAGCAAAAGGACAAAAAGGCAUUGAACCGCGUACACGGAGACUACAACACGGAUGUGAUGCGGCGAAACGCGGUUUUGAAGUCGUUCGAGAAGCACCAGGCGAUGAAAAUCAAGAACUCCAGUAGUGCUGCUGCACCCGGUCCCGCCCUGGUAAACAACAAGAGAGCCAACAAAAGCAAAGCACGUGGUACUACUUCGAUGGUGGGAACCAAACAGCCCCGUGCCAUGGAAGGCGAACACAACAAGAUGAUUCCCGAUCCACAUCGCGUUCUUCUUGCGCAGCAAAGCAACUUCAAACCACCGGCCCGGCCAGCCGUGAAAGCGAGGCCGGCGGCGUUUCCCGGUGCCAAAGUGGCUGCAGAGCUAGAUGAAGAGGUGAAAAUCGAAGAACAGGUCGCGCUUUUUCCGGGCCGAGUAUUUGCUGCUGCUGCAUCAGCAGCACGCAAGACAAUUGCCGGCUUAUUUGGAAAUAAUACUGACGAGGAAGGCAAACACGCUGCGGACGCACCGUCAAGCGAGAGCGAGGAGCAAAGCGAUAAUUUUUUCUCUUCCAAAAGUGGUCCCAAUUUCGAGGGGCAGCACGAAAAUGACCCCGAGGAUACGAGCGAUGAGGAUUGGACAACGCGUAACAACAAAGCCAAAAUGAUGAAUAAAGCGAAGGCCAAGGCGAGGGGAAACAAAUCCACUGCGCGGGGAAACAAAUCCACUGCGCGGGGAGUGAAUCACAAUGCGCGAGGUAAGUCCAAGUCCCGAGCCAGAGGUGGAGCGAAAGAGAAAGCGAAAGCCAAGGCUGCCAGAAAGAGUAAUAAUGGUAAACAAGCUGCGCGCAGAAGUCGGGCCUCUUCUGCAGAAGAAGUGGAAUCAGAACAACAAGAUGUAGACCCUGUAGUGCAACAAGACGGGGCCGGUGGUCUGCUCGACCCGCCCAUGAAGAAAAAGGGCCGGCCGCUCGGCUCCAAGAAUAAAAAGACUCUCGCUGCAGAGGCAGAACUGCAGCUGAAGGCUGCAGCAGACGAGUUUGAAGAAAACGCGAAAAACGACAGUAGCGCGGCUGCGCCGCCCGCUGCAGCCGGAACUGCAGGUGCCUCUUCUUCCUCCGCGGGGGCGGGAGCGGCGUCCUCUGCUUCCUCCGCGGCAGCUGCUCCGAUUUCCGCGGCAAAGCCGCCACCGAAACCGCGUGGGCGUCCGAAGAAGAAUCCCUUGAAAAUACGCGAGGAACAAGAUGAGACGGCGGACGAAGGAGUAGAACAGGAUGGCACCAAAAGGAGAAAGCAGGACGGCGAGGACGACGGCCUUAUCAAAAACGCGAGCAAAACCAGCUCGUCCGCCACGACGUCUGCCGGUGCCGACCAGGAAUACAGUGCGGUGAGCAGCAGCAGUAAGGAACCAACCGUCUCUAAUAUUCAGGAGCAGCAGCUGCAGGGAAAUUACAUCGAGCAAGCAUCAGCGAAAGGACAUGUUGGAUCAUCUGAAAAAUUAUCGCCGCGGCAACAGCUUCGUGGACCACUUACUGUCCCUGCGACGAGUGGAGCACUGUUAUGCACUGCAAUAGUAUCUGUGUCGUACUUUUCUAGUAGAAACCACAUGAAAAAUUUGCUCAGCUUUGCAUAAUGAAAUUUGUGAUGCAGAUUUAAUACCUGAAGAAAGAGAUUUGUAUAUGAAAAUGCGUAUAACUGCAAUUAGUAUCGGAGAACGAUACUUUUGCAAUGCAUAGCUCUACGCUCGGGUCGACUUGGAUCAGGUUCGGGAACCCUUCGCAGAUCGCAGUAGCACGGAGAGAGUGGGGAAAUUUGACUUUCCCUUCUGCCGUCCGCAUAACUCCUUCGUGCAAAACGGAGCAGGCUUGAACUCCAUCGACCGGGACCACAUCUGGAAAAAGCAGCUCUACAUGCGGCAGAACGAGGAAACCCAGACCAAAGCCAAGAUUGCGCGGAAGCGCGUAAUAUGCAUUGCAAAUAUUUCUGGGUCUGGAAAUUUGUGUUGCGGAAGCUGGCAUCGCAAGGUAGGAGUUUGUACGGCAUAACAGCAUCAGUAGUUUUGCAAGGCUACUUGUUGCCGAUUCAUUCGUAGACGCAUGCGAAACUCGCUUCCAGCAUGACAAAAAACUUGAUCAAUCGCAUUCAUGCAUUACAGAUCUUGUUGUACUGCAGAUCUCGCAUCACAGAUCUAGACGCAGACAUAUUUGCAUUUGAUACGUGGAAGAGGCCGAGCGGUGCACGCGGACGCAAACCUCUCUUGUCGAUUACGCGGUUGAAGACGCGAACAUGCUCCUGCAGGCGGACGCGAUGGCCGACCUGUACCUGGAGCUCCAGCUGCAAAAUGUGUGGGCUGUGCAGACCAACGAGGAGCUCGCACCGAACGCACGGAAGACGUCACGGGAAAAAAUCAAGCGCGAAAUCACGGCCGCACUGAGGAGUGAAGAUCCGAUAGAAACUUUGAACAGCGUGGUCGAAGCUCCUGACGAGCUACGAUCCGCGAAGAUGUUGCACACGGCCGCGACGGAUCAAGUGGCAUUGGCUGCAGACCAAGAGCACGACCAUCCACCUCAGCGACGACCGCUCGCACGGUUACUCAACCGGCUCAUUGACCUCUUUUCUGCGAAAGAAAAUUUAGGCCCGGAGGAAGUAGAAUCGUGGAAGGAAAAGGCUUUGAGAAAUAACGACGAGAAAGCAAUCGGAAAAGUUGCUGACUUCUUGCUCCAGUCGGAAGUUUGGCGCGACCCCGUUUUUCGGCUGGAAGUGUGUUUCAGUUUGCUCCGUGCGGAAUCUUACGUGAUUCAACUUCAGCAGGAAAAAAUGAAUCAACAGGCAGGAGGCUACUUCUCUCCAGAGAGCUACACGACUGCUUCGGGGAGCGGUAGAAACAAUACCUCCCCGUUGUACAACACACCACCAAGUGGAGCAAAGUCAGUUGAUUUCAACAAAUACGAUGCCACCAUUGCCAGCCACGAGCAGUACUUUCUGAAUACCUGCAUCUGGAAGAUUCUACAGUUGAUCCUCUGCGAAAGGCAUUUCCAACAGGACCUGCUACAGGAACAGGAUGUGGACACCAGCGCGGACCCGACCCCCACUGCUGGUCCUGCCAGCCCGAAACUUGCGGACAUGUACGUGUUUCUUCGGGACAAACAAGCCCUUGUGAUGGACAAGGGCGACCUGUGGGUGCAGAUUGAGCGGAAAGAAGUCGAUUUCAACAAAACGGUGGCAACUAGUACGUCAUCGUCAGCAACAAGAACAACGUCCACAUCAAGUAGCGGCGAAACGUUAAAUCAAGUCGUGAGCCUUAAAGUGGAGAAGCGAAAUGCGUGGAAUGACCUGAGGAAGUGCUUUUCCAAAGAGCCGAAAAAGAACAUCUUCCAACACGACUACGUGGACAGUUGGGAGUCGGAGGACGACCGGAGAAAAUUGUCCAUUGCGGCGCCGAAACUGGACCGGUGGGCAAAAAUGGAGGCGAAAACCCAGGACUUUUCCGUGAAAACGCUGCUGUGCACUGGAGAAAUCCUGCCUUUGCAGGCUACCAGGUGGAAAACUGAUACUGUUUGCGAGGCAUGGGAAGAAACCAUUGAGCGUGGCGAUCGCGCAGCGGCAGCGCUGGCGUUUCUUGAAAAUAAUGAAGAUUCGCCAGCGGAGUCGGAGAUGAGGAGCAACACGACCGGCAAAGGAAGUACACCCAGGAAGGCGUUGUUUGAUUUCUACAAAACCAAAAUCCCAUCCAUGAAGAUGGACAUGCAAAAAGGCGCCGCCGCCAAGGAGCUGAUGGUUAAGCAGGCGGAGCACGGGCCGAAUGUUGCAUGGUGCCGGCUGUCCGCGAGUACGCUUGCGGGGUUUGCGUGGCAGCCCUGCGCACAGACGUAUUUUACGGAAAUCAGAGAACAAAAGCAACAGCUCUCGUCCGAUAAAAAAUCGGAGCAGCUGCAAGUGCAACUGAAGACGGGUAAUAAAAAUACCAGCACCAACAACUGUGGAUCAGGAACAUCGUCUUCAUCCUCCUCUUCGUCUUCAGCCAGUUGUUCCAUGUCGAAAAGCAAAGCCAAAAGGAGAAAGAGCGAGGUCGUACUUCCUCCGGUAGACGGACGAGAAAUUCACCGUCUCUGCGAAUACCGACCCGCGUUUGUGCACGAGGUUCUCGAACAGGACAAGUUUGCACGACAGCUGCAGCGGCGCGAAGAUGUUGAUUUGGGACUACAACAACUUGCAAUUCAAACACCACCAGAAACCGUGGUCGAUCAGGCCCGGAUGAAUUACGCACCGGACGUGUUUCCCCCCGGCGUACAUGCCACCCCGGAUCUCUCGCCGGCAGACGCCUUCGUGUGCGUCGCGCUGGGCCAGUUCGGCCACUCUUUCGGAGCGGAGGACCGGGAAAACCUGCGCCUCGACCAUGUGAGCUGCAGGGAAUGGUUGCUCCUGGCCGAGGGUCUGCGGGGGGCAAGGCAGCAGAAGAUCUGCAGCGUGAAGAACGCGAAGCAACUGGGGUUUUUGCAAUUUCUCUCGGAGCAGAGGAAGCAGCUGAUAUGGGAAGAUUCAUCUUCUCUUCGGGUACAGCAACAGCUGGUGGCGGAUAUGAACUUUAAAAAAUUACGCCCCGCGGCUGUGCAGCUGGAGAUGCAGCAGCAGCAAACGAAUCAGCAUGACAUUUAUAAUAAUCUUUUGAACUUAUCAAAUGUAAAAGUGUCUGGGUCUGGAAGAUUGCGAGAUUUGUUAUGCUGAUCUGGCAUGGCCCUUAAAUCUGUAUUGCGUGGCCACAAACAGCCUCUCUCGCCUGUCAUGCAAAAACGCAGUUUCUCAUGCGGAAUACGCAGCACAGAAGCACGAAGCAACUUGUCAUGCUUGGCGGCGCAUUACAGUGCAUUUGUUAUUGACUGACUUACAUCACAAGUUUCCAGACCCAGACAUUUUUACAUUUGGUAGAACUGGAUCGAAGACAACAUGCUCGACCCGCUGCGCACGUGCCCCCAGCUCCGGGAACUCGACCGUUCGCUCCAAUUGCCGGAUCAGCAGAGCCGAAAGGCAUGGAAUCGGGUGAAGAAAGCGUUGGAGAAAGGAGGUUCUCGUGAUAAAGCUGCAAAUGAUGUUCAAGAACAUGAUCUCUCGGCGGAGGACGACGCCUGUGGUUCAUCUUCUCCAUACCGCUUCAUGUCCCGUUCGAGAGAGGUGUUCUCGGACGAGGACGAAGAUGUCGGUUCAACAUCUUCAAAUGACGAUGGGAACAACAGCAUGGAGUUUAACGAUGAUCUCAACCUGGAAAGUGAUAUGAUGGAGGGCAACUCGUCAAAUAGUAUGCGCAGAAACAGCAACACCAACAGUAACGAGGCAAGUUUUUGUAGCACACCUGUUGCAAGAACUCCUUCGGCCGAAGAUCUUCAAAAGUCUGCGGUUCCUUCCGCGACCUCUGGAGCGGGUGGAACUUCUACCACAAGCAAGAACAAACCCGCCAGAAAAUCUGCCAAAAGUUCCCAAAAGGUCAGGUUUCUGCUAGUAUGAACUGCAAAAGUAUCGUACUCGUAUAAAUGCAUAACAAAUUUCCUUAGCAUGAGAGAAAAAAGCUGUAAUGCGGAUUUACCUUAAGAAAAAGAUUUGUAAUGCAAGAUUUGCAUCUAUAUGGGUACGAUACUUUUCGCCAGGAUACUUUUGCACAGGAUCCGACGAUGACCUGGAGGAUCUUCCGGACGUCGGGAAGACAAGAAACAACACGAAAAUGUUGUUCUCCAAGGCGCCCCGGGCAGCUUCUACGAGGAUGA